AUGGGCAAACGUCACUCAUCACGCAGGUCGUCGCCAUCGGGCGAGUCACCCAUGCACGACGAGGACGACAGCGCGACCGACAUCGUUUCCAAACCGCCCAAGCGCCUCAAGGCAGCAAACGGAGCCGCCGUGCCGACAUCACCGGGUAGCGCAUCAGCCGCCCGUGAUGCAGCCGACGCUGAGCCCGAUGACGAGGAAAUGAAGGACGAGCCGGCCGAUACUGUAAAGAGCAGGAAGGAAUCCCGCUCCAUCCGGCGAAAGUCGUCGCGAUCGAGCGCGUUGCCCGACGCGAACGGCGAUGACGACACUAUCGAGAUUGAACAAGAGGCCGGUGACGAGGUAGAGGCCGAGGUAGAGGCCGACGCAGAUGCGGACCCGGCGACAGAAGAAGCGGGUGCAGACGUUGAGGUGGACGCUGAAGUGGAGGCGGCCGAUGCGGCUGAUCCAGACGCGACCGUGCUGCACACAUCCAACGAUAACGUGAGCAGCAGCAUCGCCAGAAAAGCAAACGGCACCACGGCCAAUGGCAACGCUGCGGGUGCGAAUACCGCACACCAUGGGCGCAACGGCGCCAUCGACGACCUUCUCGACACCAUGUCGGACGUGUCCGAGGACACCGACGGCGACGUGCCGCCGCCAAAAAAGAUUGCCCAACCAUCAACACAUACUUCCUCAUCCUUUGGCCUCCGACGCGGUGCUGUAGACGAGGAUCCCGCAGCCGGACUCAAUGCCAUGAACGAGCCGCAGGUGACCGUGUGCGCAUGGGACGGCUGCGAGACGGGCGACUUGGGCAAUAUGGACAAGCUGGUCGAGCACUUGCACGCCGAACAUGUCGAGGGCAAGCAGCGACGAUACACGUGCGAGUGGAUCGGAUGUCCGCGCAAAGGAAAGUCACACGCCAGUGCGUACGCGCUCAAGGCACAUCUGCGUAGCCACACGCGUGAGAAGCCGCACGUCUGUCUCCUUCCAGAAUGUGACCUAGCCUUUGCGAGACAGGAUGCCCUUAACAAGCACAUGCGGACGGCGCACGAAAUUGACUUGAUGCGGUAUUAUGAGGCGGGACAACGGAGGGUGCCGUUUACUGGUCGCUCAGGCAGUGGUGCCAACGGAAGUGCCGUCAACGGCAGCGUCGCAGCGCCGGCUGCUGCCACAACCAACGGCAAGGCCGGCGGUCCGAACAAGCUCAAAAUCAUUAUCAAGACGCCCCUCUCCCAUGCGGGUGGCCACGACGACUCGGUCGACAGCAGCGCCUAUGACGACCCCAGCCUGUUCCACUACACGGGUGCCGAGACCACUGCGCUCGGCAAAGACCAGGGCUUCACCGCCCAUGAGCUCGAGCUGUCGCCCAAGGAGCUGUACGGCGUUUGCCGUCUGCAGCUGCAGUGGGCCGAGGACGAGAGCGAGGAGCUGCGCAAGGAGUGUGCCGCAUGGGAGGCUGCCGCGCACAACGCCUGGCUCGAGCAACAGGUGCUGCUAGACCAAGUUAUCCUCAGCGAGAAAGACUGGUACGAGCGGCGCAAGGCGGUGCUAGCCACGCUCGCCAUCGAGGAGGCGAAGCGCGCUGCCGAAGAGGCCGCCAAGGAGGCGGAAGAGGAGGCUGCGGCGGAGGCGGCUGGCCUGAUUCGCGGUGGUGAUGCCGACGAUGACGACAAUGACGGCGAUGGUGGCAAGGACGAUGACGAUUCGGGCGCCGACGACGACAAUGAUAACGAUGAUGUCGACGGGGAUGUCGACGGGGAUGCCGACGGGGAUGGCGAUGGAGACGACGAUGAGGACGACGAUGUGCCGAGUGUCAUGCUCGACCCCGAUGCCACCCGUGACGACUACUCCUUUGCAGAGACGACGUCAUUUUCGGUCGCUGGCGGAUCUUCGCUGCGGAAUGAGCUGGCUGUGAAUGGUGACUAG